AUGUACACCAAACACGAGAAUCUCAAGACAGAGCACCAGCAUUGCAUGGAAAUGAAGAGAACUCACGAGCAGCGCCUGAAAGGUCGCUUUAUAGUCAACUACUGGGAUGAGAGUGAUGCUGAUCUGAUCUCUGUGACGGGAUAUGAGAAGUCCACAGUCUGCUCUUUGUCUGACCACCACGAUCUCCUUCGCACACCCAGCAUGAACUUCAGGGAUGUCGAAUAUUAUGAUACCAAGCUCCGCAGGUGGAUACUCAACAACUGGGACCAUCCGCUCGAGGUCACCACUGACACCCAAGUAUUUAUUCGUCAGUGUGGAGUUGUCUGCAAAGACCUCGGCGAAUUACUGCGGAACUAUCAGGAUGGCCCUGCAGGUCCCCCUCAUAUGCACAAGAAGAUGACGAACAAGCGGUGUGCCCUACGUCAAGAGGUGAAGAUGCAACAAAACAGCACUCACAGUAAACACUACUACAGUUCAGAUGCUAAAGCAAUUGGCAGCCCGUCCAUCCCUUUUGCAUCCUCUACACCACACACACCAACCCCAUGUCACUUCUCUAUUGUUCAAGCCUCGAGUCUCCCAAGCAUCAAAGAUGACUCCGAGUCUGAGUCAGAGUCCAUGAUCACUAGCAUAUAUGAAUGUCCCUCCCCACUUCCAAUGCAUCCCAACCUGAAGAGAAACCAUGACACAGUUGAUGACAGCAUCCAGACACCUCCCCACAAGGUCCUCAAGCUCGACGCGAACUUCACAUCAAAUCAAUCUACGUUGACGACUCCAAAUUUACGCACUCCUACUGGCAUCAUGACAUGCACCCCAGGCCAAAGCAAAAACACACCCUCCUCUGGUCGUUGGCCGGCAUUUAUUGAUGGAAAGCACCACGGAGGCGUUGGAACCGUGCCUCUGACUAAGGCCUACUUGAAGAAGCUGAAGCAGCUGCAUAUACUGAGGACGGUCACUGGAGCAAACUGGCAGCCUGUGUGCCCCUCAAAUAAUAUUCACGGCAACUUCGUGUUGCCACCGCUCCUCUUCAUCUCGAACUAUCACAAACCUACAUUCUUGAGCCUCUGCUAUUCUCCAUCAAUGAGUCUCCCAAAUCUUUCACAGGCAUCCGAGUCGUUGCAGUCCAUUCUUGCUGCCCACCAAGCGCAACCAAAACCAGACUUUUUGUAUACAUGCAACAACUGCCAUGAGGAGGUUCUGUGGAAGAGAUGUAAAUCAAAUGAUAAUGGUAAUGAGGGCUGCUGGAUGGCAGUGUGUAGAAAAUUCUCUGGCAAACAGGCGUGCACGUUUUUCCGAUGGUCAUCGGGAUUGAAAAGCGCCUCUGGUUCACCUACGCUAGGGGCCUCGCCUGUAUUGCAGCCUGUACAUUUGAGCAACACCACCCUGCUGCUUAUAUGCACUGCUCUGGCAUGCAAAAGGAAGGCACACUCCCUUUGUGACAACAAGAUGUGUCGUAGACACUGCCGCCUUCUUGGUGGUUGCCGUGCCAAAGGCCAUGACCCUGCUCCUAUACUUUGGAAUUCUCAUUCGCCAUCUCCCCAUAUUGACUUGAAGGGCAAAGGCCGAGCAUUUUGUUCACCCUCUAUUUUGCCAAGGAAGGCAUCCGUACCAGCCACAAUCCAGGAGAACCACCCGAGAGAUCAUGACUUGGAGGUUGCUGAACGAGCAAAGAAUAAUGUUAUUGUAUAUGCAUGGAGCGAGGCAAGGCUGCACAUGCACAACACUAUCACAAUGUCACUGACACUGAUUCAGGAUGGCACAGAGCCAACUAUCUAUGAGUUCCAGCAGGGAUUCAAGUUCCCGAACUUCUUCUUUAGCCACAAUGUCCUUCAGAAGCUCAAUAUGCUAUAUGACGCCACUCCAGCCCCUUUGUGUGUUCAGCGAUACAACCACCUACUUGAAAUGUGGACCAUGUUUGAUUUGGGCCACAUGGUAAUAUUACAACCUCAUAAUGGAGGUAUUCUUCUUGUCAAGCAGGCUUGCGUCAAGGACUGCAUAGGCUUCCACGACCAUCUCCACAAGCUCACUCAGAUUCCUCUGCUUGCCACUACAAACCUAUCUCGCCCUCCUAGCUCUGUCCUUCUUUUACCUCGUGCCACUACAAACCUAUCUCGCCCUAGCUCUGUCCUUUCUCUCACAGAGAGUGAUGACGACAAUCGUCCAGCCUGUCCCAUAAAGUGCUGUCACUCCUCUAUACUAUCUUUGACUGACGACUCAGAUGAUGACGGUGAUAACUCUUGGUGUUCUUCAUCUCUGCCAUCAGCCUUGGGUCCUAUCAUCGCGAAGGAAAGCUCAGGAAGUGUCCUGUCGCAUGGAAGGUCAAAGAGCAGCGCUAUUGAGGUAGAGAAGGUGUCCGUUUGGCCAGCUGACUUCUAUGUGGUUGGUAUCGCAGAUGGGUUCAAUGCAUGCAAGAGGGCAGCAGAAUCACAAUGCAGCAUUGCAGCCGCUUUUGUCAGACACUUUGGUGUGCCAUUCAGGGCAUCCACAUAUUAUGACAACCGCAGGCUGUGGGAACUUGGCACCAAUUGA